GACUUUUCGUCCUCCAUGUGGUGGGGAACUGUCUUUGGAGGGGGUGUCCUGGCCAGCAACAAAUCAUGUUGGUGUUACUCGAUUCUGUCUGUACUGGAUCGGUUUCAGUCAUGGUUUUACCCCUGUGUCCAUAGCUGUUUGUCAAUCGAGUGGCGGUGGCUCGUGCUCUGCGAUGACCACGCACGGAGGAAACUGAGUUUUGAAACUGACUUGAAGACCAGGAAGCUCCUUCGUCGGGCUUCAGUAACAAUCAGCAUGGAAGAAGGAAAGAUGGAAAAUGGAAGUGGCGGUAUCUUCCGACGAUUGCAGUUUUGGAAACUGUUAGGUGCCAUUCCAGCUCGAUUUGUGUUGUAUUUACUUUCUUUUACUGGAUUCUUGGUCAGUUUUAUGAUGAGGACGGAUAUUAAUCUUGCUAUGGUUGUAAUGGCGAAAAUAAAAACUCCCAGUGUGUAUAAUAAGACAGGGUCUGAGCCGAUGUACUGUUAUGAUACAAGCGUUAAUAGCAGUGAAGAAGUUGAUGUUAGUCAGGAAGAGGGAGAAUUUGAUUGGGAUCCUUCAAUUCAAACCACAAUUAUAAGUUCCUUUUAUUGGUGCUAUGUCCUGUCCCAAGUAGUGGGCGGUUUCCUGGUGCAGAAAUUUGGCACAAAGUCUGUAUUUGGUUAUUCCCAACUUGCAACGGCAAUGUCAUCUAUGCUUAUACCAAAAGGUGCAGAAAUUCACUAUGUAAUUCUUAUUAUUCUAAGAUCUAUACAAGGAGUGGCUUCUGGAUUUACUUGGCCGGCUAUGUACUCAAUGAUUGCACAUUGGAUUCCACCUACAGAAAGGAGUAGAUUUAUGUCAUCAUUUCAGGGUUUUACAAUUGGUAUUGGUUUGACUUAUCCAAUUUGUGGCUUUAUAAUUGCCCAUUAUGGUUGGAGGCCUGUGUUUUAUACAACAGGCUCUCUGGGUCUAUUGUGGUGUGUAUUUUGGUGGUUUCUUGCAUUUGAUACUCCUCAGGAACAUCCUCGCAUCUCAAAACAAGAAUUGGCUUAUAUUCAGAAGUGCACUGCUACAACAAUUGCAGAAAAUAAGAUUACAAAAGUUCCUUGGAUUUCCAUCUUGACAUCGUUGCCUGCUUGGGCAAUAGGUAUUACAACGUUUGGCAGGAUUUGGGUUCACUAUACAUUCAUCAUUCCUGGACCUCUUUACAUGAAAACGAUUUUAGGUUUUAGCAUACAAAAGAAUGGAAUUCUUAAUGGUGCUCCAUUUCUUUUGAGCUAUCUCUCCUCUGUUGUUUUCUGUUAUGUAGCAGAUAUUCUUGUAACUAAACGAAUUAUUCCUCUCACUGCAGUUAGAAAAAUAUUUACUGCUUUAUCUCAAGUAGUCCCAGGCAUAUUAGUUCUUUUAAUAGGAUUUGUGGGGUGCAAUUUAACACUUGUCCUCAGCUUGUGGUUUGUUGCUGUUACACUUAUAACAGCAUCAUAUGCUGGAGCAAUGGCUAACAUUGUCGAUAUUGGCCCUAAUUUUGCUGGACCAGUUUUGGCUUUUGCACAAACCAUUCAUAUGAGUGCAAGUUUCAUAUCACCUCUUGUAGCUGGAUAUAUCCUGAAAAAUGACACAACAUUGGGACAAUGGAGAAAAGUGUUUGGCAUUACUUCUAUAGUUGCUGUUGGCACAUAUUUCGUUUAUCAAGCAUUUGGCACAUCUGAGGUUCAGUCAUGGAAUUACCCUAAGGAGACAAAACAAUUGCCUCAAAUUGAACAAAAGGAACCUCUAAAAUCACCUAAUGGCACAACUGGAAAAAAUUCAUUCGAUGAGGAAGAAAACCCGUAAGAAAUAUUUUUAUUGGCGGUCAGAAAUGAAACUGGAAGGUAACAAUUAAUUAAAUAUAUAUAAAUAAAGGCCUAGACUGAAAAUUCUGCAGAUUUAUACUGAAAAUUUCAACAUUACAAAUGAUUAAUUAAUUUCCUUCCACUUUGAUGUUUUGUUUACAUAUUUAU